AUGCCAUUUCCUGUAAAAAUACCGAUUAACCAACGGGAUAAUUGUUUAGUCGAACUAAAAUAUCAUAAAAAUUACCUGGGAAUCAGAGCCAGAUUUGAAAUACUCAACGUUCCAAUUGCAUCCCAUCCAGAGAAAUCUCGUGGAAAUCCUGCUCAAUCUUCCAAAGUUGCUGCAUCUGCACAUCCUCAACCUCAUCAAAAAUCAUCGCAAUUCUCCAAGGGAAUUGGCACCAAUCCACGCCAUAAUCAACACAUCGUGUGA